AUGGAGCAGUUCCAUCACGGCCACCACGUGCGGCUGCGCAGCAGCGAGCUCGGCACGUACCUGCACGCCGACGAGGACGGACAUGGCGUCUCCCUCCACCACCGCCGGGCGUCGAUGAAGGCGGCUUGGGCGGUGCACGUGUACCAGCCCCCCGAGGCGUUUGUGCCGUACCUGCUCCUCCACAGCGCCGCCUACGGUCGCUACCUCGCCGCCACGGACGAGCCGGCGCCGCAGGGCCACCACGGGCGCCGCGUCGAGCAGCGCAACUACGACCAUCCGGAGGUGGAUGCACAAGGAAUGAUUUGGCUGGCCGUCCUGACGGCAUCCGGAGACAAAGUCUUCCUCCGCAACUUCAACGGCGGCUGCCUCCGCGCCAACGGGAGGUACCGCCCCUGGAACAACGGCGCCAGUGUCGACGACGUCGACGUCAACGACAUCGGCAACCUCAGCACGAUGAUGCACUGGGUCGUGGAGGACAUCCCCGCCAGGGAGAUCAUGCCUCUCCUUCCACGCCCGGCUUGGCUUACCCUCCCCGCCGUCAUAUCGCCGUCGCGGGUGAUCGUGUACGUGUGGCUGGACGCCGACGGGACCGUCCUCAGCGAAGGCUCGUUCUCGUUCAGUGGGAGGUCCGUGUUCCGCCUGAGGAGCGAGCUGGCCAGGUGGCUCGCCGACAACGGCAUCGCAAUCGUGGACGCCCCCGACCUCGUCAUGUGCCUCCCCACCCGUGAUGGCCGCAUUUUCCCACUCGUCGUCGACCUGCCCCGCAGCCUCCAGCCCCUCCACAUCAUCGUCGUCAUCGUCGGGACGCCUGCCCACGAGGUGCUGCGGUAUGCGGAUGUCGAUGCAUAG